UGAGUCUUCUCUGUGGGCACGUAGUCCAAAGAAGAAUGGAACGCGCUCCGAUAAAGGAGGGAGAGAGAUGAGGAAGAUGGAGAAUCAACACACAAAGCCAAAAACAUAAACCUUCCUUAUCUUCCUCCUUCUUCUUCUUCUCUCCCUCCUGAACAUCCUGCCGUUUCUGUCAUUUUCCUCUCUGUUUCUUCCCUGGAAACAGAGUGGAUAAAAAAAUUUCAUUUUUUUGUUCCUCUGUUUUCGCCGAAAGGAUAGAUCUUUGUGAAUAGGCAGCUUGCACCCAAUCUUAAAGUUUUCGUGUCUGAGGUAAAAGAAGAUUACGUAUACAUCAUUUUAAUUCUCGAAAAGAAACCAUCUUUCGUGUGUUUUGAGAAAAUCACCAUUUAAUCUCCUCUGUUUUCGCAAUUCAAUCGGAUAAUGAAACAAAAGGUUCUUGCUUUCAUCGUUGUAUCUCUUUGCAUUUGAGGUUGUUGUUGUUGUUAAUAAGACACCAAAUGGAUUCUGAGCUGAAGCUUUCUUCGAGAGACGUUGUGAAAUGCUGUGAUUACUCCUCCUCCUCCUCCCUCGAGGCAUCAGCAGACCCUUUGACUAGUAGAACGGUGAAAAGAAAGCUCAGCGACAGGUUCCUGUUACGCGGCUCUUCUGAUCUAUCUUCAAACGCAGCGAAGUCGCUAGUCGAAAACCAAUGCGCUGCUCUGCUCGAGGAUCUUUCUUCCCAGAGGAAGACGGUGAAGGAUCUUCACCUGGAGCUCGAAGAAGAGAGAAAAGCCGCCGCGUCGGCAGCCAACGAGACGAUGUCGAUGAUACUGAGGCUGCAGAGAGAGAAGGCCGAGAUACAGAUGGAAGCUAGGCAGUUCAAAGCGUUUGCUGAGGAGAAGAUGACGCAUGACCAAGAAAAGCUUUUGGUUCUGGAGGAGUUGUUGUAUGAGAAAGAGCAAGCGAUCGAGGCUUUGACUUAUGAGGUGGAAGCUUACAAGGAUAGACUGUUGAGCUAUGGGGUUACUGAAGGGGAGAUGAAUGAUCAGAUACUUGGGUUUGGUAGAGAGACUAGCACGGUGGGUGUUGAUGUUUACCCUUGUGAGUAUACUCCCUUCAAAUGCAGUGUGGAUGAUGAUAACCUGAGUGGAGUUGGUCAGUCUCCGAAAUGGCCUUAUUAUGAUCCAAACUCGCCUUUGGGAACUGCAAAGGAGAUAAAGGGGACAGAGUUUUCUGCAGACUCUCCUAUGUCUGCUAGCAGUGACAGAGUUUAUACUAUUGACUCGAUCAAGAUUGUGGACGAGCCUAGUAGGUUGAGUAAGGGAAAGUUAAACGGUGAUCAUUGGGAUUCUCCGAGGAACCAAGAACCGUUUGGAAAGACUCAGCAAGGAGUUAAUGAGGCAGGGAUUGAGAAGCUUUACACAAAGCUUCAAGCACUUGAGGCUGAUAGGGAAUCGUUGAGACAGAUCAUUGUGUCUAUGCGGACAGACAAGGCUCAGUUGGUGUUGCUGAAAGAAUACGCACAGCGUCUAUCAAAGGAAACUGUCGCAACGAGCAGGCGAAACCCGGUUAGCAAAAUGCCAUAUUUCAAAGCACUCUCUGUAGUAAUGGCCUUCAAGUGGAUGGUGUCUUUCGUUUCUUGGAGAAGGAAAGCCAAGCGAAACAAGUAUGUCUAUGAUAUGUCAGCAAAUAAUAUGGGGAUGCUUAUGAUGCUAGGGGAGGGAUCUCGAAGUAGGAGAUGGAGUUGUUUAACAAGUUCACAUGUCUUAAGAUAAUCCCAUUCUUUUUUUCUCUCUUGUGCAAUAAUAGGUAGUCCAAAUUGAAUGUGCAUCUCUCUUUAUUGUAUGGAUGGUUCAGAUUCUUGAUGAAAAUAUAACAAUCCAAAGUUCAUUCUU